AUGAGCUGUUUUCCUUCUCUUGAGGGAAGAUCAUUAUUCAAAGGCAUUUGCAGGCCACCUGAUGUCUAUUUGCAAAGGCCGGAUCAGCGUGAGGAUGUUAUGUCUGAAGAACAUGUUAGAGAUGGCUUCAAAUGCACCAAACAUGUUCGUGAUGAAUAUGAUUCAUGCUUGGAAGAUGGUCGGUCUGUUGAUUCAGAUUCAAUUUGGAACUUGUUUUACAAUAUUUUAACAAGGAAAUAUGAAUGCUCGAAUUUUAUUGAGACAAGAAAAAGACAAGCCAACGAUAACAUGAUUGUGCCCAUGGAUCUUUACAAAGGACAAACCAGCGAGUGGUUCAAAGAGCUGGCUGGGACAAUUCCUCUAUAUGCUUUAAGCAGACGUGUUCCUUUGCAUUUUAAAUCCAAAGAAGAUGUUCUAAAGGCCUUCUUAGAAUACCGUGUACCUAUAUCUCGUGCAAUGCAUCAUACAAAUCUUAUUUUUGCAAAUACCUCCACUGUUGUAGAGAAUACAAAAAAGAAAUCCAAAGUUCAAAUCGAUCCUAGUGCUGAGUGGACUUCUGCCAUCUGCAAGAUGUUGACUCAAAUUAUAAGUCCGGACGAUCAAGAAUUGGCUGAUCCCUCUUUCGAGCCUGCUUAUUCAGAUUGGGAUUAUUUGUUUUCAUUUUUGCUCUAUAUGUAUGAUUCUGACAUGGUCGACAGAUGGGAGGUCAUGCUUUGGCUAAUUAAGACAGCCGAAGUCAUCACUGCAAGGAAUACUUUGACGUAUAGUAUUUCAGAGCCUAGCGUAGGCCACAACGCCUGUUCAAACGUUGAUAUGCUCGCCAAAUUUAUUCUUCCUUAUCUUCUUCGUUUCGGCAAGCGAUUUUCAGAAAGCGAGCUUCUCACGAGACGUCUUCUUUAUUGGGCAUGCUCCUUAUUCAAUGAACUAGUGUGUGAUGAAACUCAUGGUACUCCGCCCGGGCUGGAUUCGCGCAUUUCAUUUCAGAACUUGAUAGAUAAUUACUCUGAGCUCACCUCCUGUCCCCUUCAUCGAUCGGUCGUGAUGUCACUUAGCAGUUUAAUUAUUUGCCUGGUUCUCACUUGUCCAUCUGCGGCUAUCUGGAAUUACAUCCCUAAAGAAGUACUGGCCAAUUCAUCUAUGCCCUUCUUAAAGGGCUCUCCUUUGGAUCUUAUUCCUUGCUCAAUAGUUGCAUUACCCCUUCCACCUGGACCAGAAACGCUAGAACUAAGAAAAUGUUUGGCACAGACUGAGUCUGCCUUGAACGAAAGGAGCCGCUUGGGUGAGAUUGGCUGGUGCCGUCGGUCAAGUGCUGGGAUAAAUGAUGAUUGUCUUUCAAAUCUUAAUCGAGUUUUGGAGUUGCUCGAUGACCAUGAUUACAAUGUGAUGAAAGAGCCAAAUCCGAUUGAAAGUCUUUUUCAGCAGAUAUUCACUGCAGAUCUAGUCAAACAAGAUUUAGCAACUUUGAUUCCUUUUUUGUGCGAUUGGGCAAUAAACACUUCGCGAAUCGGCAUACAUCGCGCUCUGGUUGUUGCUAAUCUUUUCGAUAUGCUCAGGAAUAAACUAGCUCACGUAUCUGAAUUCCGUGAAAUGAUUCAAAGCAGUUUGAUUUAUUUUCUAGAUAAUGCUUCGCCUUUUUUAAAUGUACCUGCUAGUAGCAACGACGCCGGAUCUCUCAACUCAGUCAUUACAAGUUCCUCAAGUCAAGGAGCGACCUUCUCAACUCUCAAGCCUUCUGUCACCGAGCAGGCGCCUCUAGAGUGCGAACCGUUUAAAAACCUUGUGUGCCUUUUUGCGGAACUUAUCGACCGGGAAGUUUUUGAUUAUGAUGGUUACAUCCGAACAUGUAUUGUUCGAGGCAUUUUCGAAACUGGUGUUCAUCCCCUUGCACAGGCAGGAGAUUCAACAACUUUACAGCCUGCUGAUGCAGCUAGUUCUACCUAUCUUAAUGGGCCGGCUACUUCGCUUCCAAGUGCAAAAAUUUCCUGUACAAUCGAGCCUUCGGAUAAUUCUGACAGGGGUAGUAAUUUUGAGAACCCUGAUUCCGCACGCUCUGAUGCUGGUCAAACUGUUCCUGUUAAGCAGCCAUUGUUGGUCACUUCUAACGGUACCUCCUCUGGCACUCAGGGACAUCGUAAUUCACAGCAGCAGAUAGCAUCUCUCUUCAGUCGACAUAUAUUCUACCUAAUUCACUUCCCUUUGCCACCUGAUGAGAGUUAUACCCAUGAACAAAAUCAACGAGCACAGCUUCUAUAUGGCGUAGGUGAAUCGCGUAACCGUGCCAAAUGUCGUAUUCGCCGGUUAUCUCGAGACAUUUGCAAAUUGUUCACCAAGAAGGCUCAUUUGAUGGAUGUGGUCCAUGGUGAAAUGGGUAAGCGACGCCGCAGUAAAGAACGAGAUAGGCCUGCUGGAGGCCUUGAUCCUGUAGGCCUAGCGGCUGGCGGACCUUCUGGGAGCUCGGUGGGUGCCGGAGGUCAAGCUUGUUCAACCCCUGUAGUUGGAGGACAGGGCGCUGCUAACUGUCUAAAUGGCUCGUCCUCAGCCAGUGCUUCUGGUGGGGAGGAAGGUAGAUCUACAGAUGAUCUACAGGAGGAGAUUAUAGCUCGUUUUCGCACACUCUCUUAUCAUGACAUGGACUGUAUCAUCUCACUUUGCCAGCAGGCCUUUAUUAAGAUGCUUAGUGGCAACAGCGGGGCAGCUGGCCAGCCGAGUGCAGGUAAUGUCGGACUGGAAGAACCGAAUUGGUCCAUCGCCUCUAUGCCUGGCGCCAGCUCAGGCUCGCCAUCUUUAGUCUCAGCUGGAGGAAGUGGCAAUCUGGGACAGCAACAGCAACAGCAUAUAUACUUGCCCGUACCGGGCAGUAUAUGUUUGUAUUUUGAUCUAAUUGAACUGUCACUAAAUAUACCUUUUCUAUUUUCGACCAUUGUCGAAACCAUGGAACGCCUUGGCACGUUGUUUGAGCAACGCACUAGCUAUAUGACGUUGUACAUGUCUUUUCUCUGCUUCAGAGUUGUUGGCAUAUUUCGACGAUAUCAGGCAGUUUUAAUGCUGAUGAGUGAACUGCAAAAGCCAGUCUUCUACAGUUUCGUCUCCCAAGUGCGUCAUGUAAAGGAGCCUACUCAAUGUAAUCCUUUAGAAAGGUGUAUCCUCAUUUACUUAAAUGACCUCUAUACUUCAAGUGCUCUUGUCAAAGCCAAACUAGCUGAUAAAUUUAAUAGAGCACAUCAGAAAGUCUCCGCCCUCGAUCGCAAUGUGGAACCGCUUGAAGGUCACGGAACCUUCAAUCCUGAUUAUGCGACCGAUUUAAUCAUGUCCUCCUCGGAUAAUUUGUCCGUUUUCCGCUCCUUCACUGAAGACCUUCGCGCCAACAGUGUUUCACGCUAUUCAUUUGUUUGCAAAGCCAUCAUCGCCGUCUGUGAGGCACGCACCAGUGAACGUCUUAAUUACUUGUGUAGUCUAUGCGCAGAGUUGACAACUCAGUGCAGCGACCUGACUCCAGAGUGGCUGGGCGCUCUCUACGCCGUCCUUGCACCUCGGCCUUACAUCGGCGGAUACCACCCAUUGGCUACCAGCAUUGAGCCUCGAGAGACGACAUUCUACGACAAUCUUUCCUGUCUAGUUGGUACCCUUCUCUCUCGUAGCUGCUUCAUCAUCUCAGACUUUGUCCGCUGUGUCAUUUGCCCCGCUAUGGCCCAGGGCAUCGACUCUAGUGCUGUGCCUAUCAGUGCCCAGUUGGAGCCGACGAUCCGGCUAGCUUGUCAUCUGCUGUACCGUCUCUUUACGGCCGAAGCCGCGGCGGCUGCGACGGCCGCCAACGCCUCUACAACUGCCACGGCCGGUUCAAGCCUCUCCGACAGCAGCAUGCCGCCCGCGGCCUGCUCCAAUUCCAGUUCAAACACACCCGCGACUGUGGUGGGCCUCGGCGCUUCGCCUGCAGUUGCCAGUGGCACCGCAGGCAUGUCCGGCACAGUCUGUCUGUCUAAUUCGUCUCCACCGCCAUUCCGAAUUUCAGAGCCUCUUCUAUUAACUGGUGCCCUGCAAAAAAUCACACCUGAACUGCUUGUCGACGUGCUUAAGAUGCUCAUUUUGCACAGUGACAAAGCUAUGUUGCUGAACGAGGAGGUCGGUUCAAUCACCUCGUCCAUCGAGGCCGGGGACCAUGUGGCUCCUGAUAGCGUGGGCACUCCUGGAGGGGCGUCAGCUGGUGCCGUGCUAGACGUCAGUGGCACCGGUUUUGACGGCAACAACAACAAUAACGACGUCAGCGAGGAAGUCGUGCUCACUCCGGCUAGCCAUGGAACUGGCGUUGUCUUAGGCUUGAACGGGCUCGCAACUGGUGCGGCUGGUGAUGAGGACGAUGAGACUGAAUUCGACCUUGAUUUGGACAAUGAUGAAGCAGCUGGUGUUGGUGGCACUGCGGCUGGACUGUCUGACGAAGAUGAUCCUAAUGAUCUCUCCUACCCCGGAGACAGCAGCAUCGUCGAUCCCGACUUUAUGACUUCACGACAGAGGAAGCGCCGCAGACGUGGCGGUGCUGCUGCCCCCAAUGCCCACCAGUCAGGCGGGGGAAAUGAAGUGUGUUCUGGCGGUCUCUUGAAAAGGCGAAAACGAAGUCGUCGUCAACCGAAACGGGGAGGAGCAGGGGGAGGAUCCAGUGGGACUGUGGGCGGUUGCGGCGGUGUUGGAGGAACUGGAGGCGGCAGCUUUUCGGCCGGCUCACGUGGCAACAAGAGGUCUGCAGGUCACAUGGAUAGCUGCGCUUCAACGCGCCGAUUACCUCUCGUCGUCCGGCGCUUUCUUGAGACAGGCUUCAUAAUCACUGAUUUCGAGGUACUACGUGGCCUCCGUCUAAGCGAGUUGACGCAUCUCACACUUCGCAUCAUUUGUACUACAGCUUGGGUACGUGAACGAUUCGCCCAGUUGGCUCCGGAAAGAUUAGUUUGCGAGAACGUUCUGAUUGAUAAGAACUUCUCACCGGGUCAGGCGCGUCGCCUGCUUCACAUCAUUUUCUGGCCACACGACACCACAUGGAUGGACAUUGCUGCCUCCAUUGAUGGGCUACCGGGUGCAAUGACUGCUCUACUGCGUAAUCUCAACAUCUGGACUUUACGAUGUCUGCACAUGGAAUUCCGCCUUCUCUUCAAGCAAAUUCAAUUCUCCCAGCAGACCGAGGUCCUUGGCCAG